AUGAGCCAGCGAACUGGUAUCUGUCUCGAGCUGAUGAUCAUGGGACUGUUGAGCCGUCACACAGAGAAGGACAAUCCAAGUCAUUCCAUGAUUCUUCGUUGCUGCCGCCAUGAUUACAUCCUCGUGCAAAGAAGAAACAAACCCCGCAUGUCUACUACCUGGAGACUGCGAAUUUGUCUCACUGAGGAAACUGCUGCAAGCCACGGACCCGUCAAGCUUGACUCGUGGGCUGCAAAGGCUGCGGCUAGAGCUCAUAGCUGGGGCGCCGUCUCGACUCGCCCGAAAGAGGCUCAAGAACAAGGUUCUUAUCUCGUGGCCCAGGAGUGGGCUCCAUUCGGCCGCGCUCGCUCGUUGGUUCGUCAGGGUGCCCCUGAUCUAGAUCCCUGGGGGAUCUUGCAUUGCAGGACUAGCGGCGGACAAGUUCUUCUGCUGGCGCCAGUGAGUAUGCGCACCAAGCAGGCUGGGCGAGCUUGGCUGCUCCAGCGGUCUUGGCGUGGGCUUUGUGGUGCCAUCUAGCCGGCGGGCACGACGAGCACGUGUGCCCAAAGCAGACAUUUGGAGGUGGUGGUG